UACACGUAGCAUAUAUCUUGGCAUUCUUUCUACACCCGGUUCGAAUCCUGUGUUCAUAAAAGGAACCGGAUAACAAGAAGCUGUUCAGUAGCGAAGCUUCAUCUUCAUCUUCUUGUUCAACGCCGCUGAUAUGCAUUAUCUCCAAUCCUUCUCUGGUAAUCGAAUUUCAGUUUUGGGUUCAAUAUUUAUACGGAAGAUAUUAGAUAGCUCUGUCAUGCUCAACUGUUGGCGGGUUUGAUAAUUUGUACGAAUGGCAGCUGAUCAUCGAAAAAAGCGAUUAGUUGCUGGGAGCAUUGGAAGUUCACAAGAGCUGCGCCAAACAAAUAAGAAGAAAGUGGGACUAUUUAAACGUGGUUCAAAUAAGAGAUCUAAUGUUUCUCUUGAGUGGGAUGAAAAUAAUAAGAAUGUUGUUGCCAAGAGGGAACAAAUUGGGUUGUCAAGAAGAGACUUAGUUCCAUUCCUUCAUCUGGUCCCUAGCUGCAAUUUUGUAUUAGCGGAUGUGCUAUCCAUUCCUCAAGAAAUCUUUGAGUUGGAAAAUCUUUCUGAUGUUAUGUCCUAUGAUGUUUGGCAGAGACACUUGUCUGAAAGCGAUAGAGAUUAUCUAAGACAGUUUCUUCCGCAAGGGGUUGAGACACAAGAGAUUGUUAGAGGCUUACUAGGAGGCGACAACUUCCAUUUUGGGAAUCCUUUCAUCAAAUGGGGCACUUCUGUUUGCCGGAAUGAUGUUCAUCCUGAUUCUGUUCUUCAGAAGGAACUCCACUUGAAGGAAAAGAAGAAGGUGUUUUACUCAGGUGUAGAGCAGUAUCAUAAUAACAUGAUCCGUAAUUUACUGACGUGGAAGGAAAGAUGGCUUAGCUCCGAAGAUUCUGAAAAUCACUUUUUGCAGCAGAUGUCGAGGCCAAGAAGGCAUGCAAUUACUUUUUCUCAUGCCAAUGAGAUUCAUUAUCCGGAUGCUGAGGAAGAUGUUACAGCGACAUCUGAGUCUAGCUCUUGGGGUGCUGAUGAUAAAGCAUUUAGUAGUGAUAAUCAGAGCUUAUUGGGGAGGCAAAGAGAGCUGCAAAACGGAAUAGGUUGGGCUACGACCUCUACAAUGUUAUCACCCGGACUAAAUAUGGUUGAGAAGCCUAGAAAAGAACAGAAGCUACAGAAACGAAAUGUCCAUUGUAGUGAUGGUACCAAGUAUAUGUCUUAUAUUAAGGUUAGCAAGGAGCAGCAUCAACGUGUUGUGAGUACUAUGAAGCAGUCAAGUAAUAGUAUUCAAUCUAAGUCUCUUAGUCGUGUUUUAGGGGACUUGAAUGCUUAUCACGUGCAGCCAUUUAAAGUUUUUGAAGAAGAAGAGCAGAAGAAAUUGCAAAUACACUGGAUGCAUUUGGUGAAAAAAGAUCUUCCAAUGGCAUUUGCCAAAUGGCGAAGGCAGCAACUAGAAAGAUGUCAACUGAUGCAAUCACUGGAGCAAGAAAUACUAGAAAUGCCAAGAUAUGUCCAGGAGGAAAAGGUUGAUGAAGAAGCCAGAUGUCAUGACCAUGUGGAUUUUGCAUUGGAGGAUGAAACAAUUAAGGUGAAAAUGGACGGUGCAAUAGGAACUCAAGAAUGUCAUAGACAAGAUUUUUGUCAAUCUGUUAUGGUAGAUAGCGGUUUGAUUGCUACAUCCACCCAGAAUCACCAUUCAGAGCAAAUUGGUCCAAUCAGUGAUGAACAUGAAUUCCAUAAUGAUGUUGACUUCGCUUCAAAUAAUAAUUUAAAGUCAAUGACUGGCGAUAUUCUUCAUCACACACCUGAGUUCCCCGAGAGUUUCAGUACGGCUGAUAUUACUUCCAGCCAAGGCGGUUCCAUCUCUCCUCCUGGCCAUGAUAUCUGGGCAGACAAUGUUCCGGAAUCAUUCUAUAACCAGCCUCCUUUAAGCAGCAAUAGAUAUGAUUCUACUGAAGUGUUGUCUAUGGAUCACACACGGAUGAUUGAAGACCAUCCUGCUCAGAUGAUGAAUCUAGAAUCUGGCAUUGAAGAAGGAUGUUACAGUAGAAAGAUCCAAUCAGAUGGACAGACCCAUGACAAAUCAUUCUUUAAUCUAUGCAUGGCCCCACGAGUUGGAGAUGGAAAUGGAAAUGAGCAAUUACAACAUUUCUUCACAGCAAAGGAGAGAUUCCCUGCAAAUUUCUCAAUGCAAGUUAGUCAGUUCCCUGGCCACCACCAACAACAACACCACAUUGGAGAGCAGAACAUAUUUAAUGGCGAUCCCAUUGGGAAUUGGGCAGCAAGUAGCUUUCAGAUGCCAAUAGCACUUCCUCCUCCUCCUCCCCAAACACUUAUAAGUGAAGGAGGAAUGUCGCAGAAUUGUUUCUACGGUGACCAUUGGUCUAACAUGGAUUGCGGUAUUGGUCCAAGCCAUUUAAUUGGAAAUGGAAAUGGAAGUAACGUUCAUUCAAGCCUAUAUUGUGGGGAGUUACAACAACAGCCUGGCAUGAACCCUUAUUGUCCAGUGAUGACUUCCCCCGAACAGUUAAUUCUCCCUUCAGUAGUAGGAGGUGCAGCCGCCUUUGGUGGUGGUCUGCUCGGAGGAGGAGGAAUGUCUACAACAGGCAAUAUGUUGCCACAGUUGGUCCAUCCGCCUGCAGACUGGCCCGAACCCACCGACAACCUUUCCCGAUUAGGCAUGUCACAUCAAAACUUUCCUUUGCAAGACUCCAUCGCGAAAUCUUACUUCAGGUCCUGGAAAAGUUAGUGUAUCCUGUUUUCACCUGAGGACGAGGAACUAGGCACAUCCAAAGUGACAUUCAUGUAAAUAAACAUAGAGAGUCAGUCAACAAACCAUGAUGGGGCUUGUUUGUAUGUAUAGUCUUCUAAUGUUUCUCUCUUUUUUUUCUUCUUCCAUAAAAUAAUUUGGGCAAGUUAAGACAUGAAUAAAUGUUCCAUUUUUGUUUUUAUUUGGUAUAUGGGGACAUCUUGCAUCCAAUGAUAGAUGUUUUUUUUAUGGAGUCAGUAGGACCCAAUUGCUUCUGUCGGCAGCAAAAGCAUAUAAUAAUUGUUAUAAUAGUCAGUCUUCCUUUUA